UGCAAAUUAAAACAAAGACGAGUUAAAGUUAGCGAAUUGUGGGGUGGCACAGUCCCUGGUUCCACUCCAGAGCCCCGACACGCUCGGUGCCCGGCGGCGCUGCUGUCAAUCAAACCGGGCAGCGCAGGCGGAGGCUCGGGGCUGGGACUGGGACACGAUGGACGGAUCCGUCCUCUCGCCCACUUCUCCCCGCUCACUGGACACCACGCGGAGGCUUGGCUUGGGAAUGUGCCGGGGAAGGAGCACAGUAUCUUAGUGAUUGCUGGGAAACACUCAACGUAAAAAAAAGUUUUAGGUGGAGGGGAGGUUUGGAGCUGGGAUCACCUGCGGCCGGACAUGCUUUCACGUACAAAUGGGAUGGUGAUGAAUGGAUCAGCCUUCGAUGCUGGGACAGCAAGCUGGGAGAGUGGGUGGUCAACUCGCAGUCGAAUGGAGGCUUCGUGCCUUGAGCUUGCCCUCGAGGGGGAACGCCUGUGCAAAGCCGGAGAUUUCAAGGCCGGAGUGGCCUUCUUUGAAGCUGCUGUGCAGGUUGGGACGGAGGACUUGAAGACUUUGAGCGCCAUCUACAGUCAGCUGGGGAAUGCCUACUUUUAUUUGAAGGAGUAUUCCAAGGCUCUGGAAUACCACAAGCAUGAUCUAACCCUAGCCAGGACCAUUGGGGAUCGGAUUGGUGAAGCGAAAGCUAGUGGUAACCUUGGAAAUACAUUGAAGAUACUUGGCAACUUUGAUGAAGCUAUUGCUUGUUGUCAAAGGCACUUGGAUAUCUCAAGAGAACAGAAAGAUAAGGUCAGUGAAGCACGAGCACAGUACAAUAUUGGAAAUGUUUUUCAUGCCAAGGGGAAACAGCUGUCCUGGCUCUCAGCCCAGGAAUCUGGAGACUUACCAAGUGAAGUGAAGGAAACUUUAGAGAAGGCCACCGAAUACUAUGAGAUGAAUCUUAAAAUUGUCAAAGAAUUAGGUGAUCGAGCAGCUCAAGGCCGAGCCUAUGGUAACCUCGGCAACACACAUUACCUUUUAGGAAACUAUAAUGAUGCCAUCACAUUCCACAAAGAGCGUCUUUCAAUCGCAAAAGAAUUUGGAGAUAAAGCAGCUGAGAGAAGGGCCUACAGCAACCUGGGAAACGCGCACAUAUUUCUGGGCAAAUUUGAUGUGGCUGCUGAAUAUUACAAAAAAACUCUUCAUAUAUCGAGACAGCUAAAGGACCAGGCAGUGGAAGCUCAAGCUUGCUAUAGCCUGGGCAACACAUAUACUCUGCUGGAAGAUUAUGAGAAAGCUAUCGACUACCAUCUCAAACAUCUUUCCAUAGCCCAGGAACUAAAUGAUAGAGUUGGAGAGGGGAGAGCGUGUUGGAGUCUGGGAAAUGCCUACGUAUCACUUGGGAGCCAUGAGCAAGGAUUGCAUUUUGCAUCAAGACACCUGGAAAUCUCUAGAGAGAUCGGCGAUCGAAGUGGUGAACUUACAGCCCGUUUGAAUGUGGCACAACUGCAGUCGGUGCUCGGCAUGAGCUCAGCUCAACAGAAUAGACAGUCUACUCCUUACCACACCGAUUAUGAAGCACAAGGAGCAAGGCCAAGAAUAGUGGCCCAGUACAGCGUGGAGAACAUGAAUGUGGUCAAGUUUUCACCAGAUAAGGACCAAAAUGGAGAAAUAGCUGGUGAGUACCAUUCCGUCGAUCUUGAGAGCACAGCUAAAACACCCCAGAUUGGGCAGCUAAAGAGUAAAAGGUACCAGGAGAGCCAAUCAAGCACAGAAGGUAAACAGCAAGGAACCAAUACAUUGUUGCCUUUGGUGGACGCCAGUGAUGUCAGAGUUCAAGUGGCCCCAAUGAGGGUAAACCGGGAUCCUUCAGAUGAAGAAUGCUUCUUCGAUCUACUAAGUCGCUUCCAAAGUAAUCGUAUGGAUGACCAGCGCUGUACGUUUGAAGAGCAACAAAAUGGCAUGACAGGGAGUGCAUCAAGCCCCGUGUCUCCUCUGCAGGACAGAAUAUCUCAGGCAUCAGUCAUUGCAUCCCCACAGACCGAGGAAUUUUUUGACUUGAUAGCAAGCUCUCAGAGUCGAAGGUUAGACGAUCAACGAGCCAAUGUGGGCAGCCUGCCCGGACUGAGGAUCACGCAUAACAACAGCCAGGUGGUGAUGGGGCAUCUGCGGCCUGAUGGAGAUCCUCAGGAGCCCGGAGAUGAGUUUUUCAACAUGUUAAUGAAAUGCCAGUCCUCCAGGAUUGAUGACCAGAGAUGUGCUCCACCCAGCCCGACACCAAGAGGACCAACUGUCCCGGACGAGGAUUUUUUCAGCCUGAUCCAAAGGGUGCAGGCCAAGCGGAUGGACGAGCAACGAGUUGACCUUCCGUCAAACCGUGAAGGGCUGGAACAGAGCAGGCCGAGCUCCUGCUGAGCAGUGUGCCGCUGACAGACUGGUAAACAAGCUGGACUUGCUGUGCGGAUCAAUGUCCCUGCCAACACUACAAGGGAGCCCAGGCCAAAAGCUGUCCACACUACCCCUGUGAGAUCAGCACAUGCUUCUGGACAACUGCUUAAAGUCCAUCAUAAUUAAUGAACCAAAAUAUGAACAUUUAUGUUUUAUUUCAAAUGGUACAAGAGUUAUCUGUGGGAGGUGGAAAGAUACAAGCAGAGCAUUAGGUUAUUUUGUACGUGACGGCAUUGAAUGAAUGUAACACUGCUGGUACUGUAGAAUAUGUGGGUCUGUUAUCACAUGCAGAUAGCCACAGACUUGUGCACAAAAUGUGUGCAGGCAAAAUUACAUACACACACACAUCAUACACUUCACACACAUCAUACACUUCACACACACAGACACAUCUCAUGCAUUCUCACAAACAUUAUGGAUAUUAUACACCAUAUACAUGCAAACCAUAUCCAUAUUUGAUCCACAUGGACCCUAGAGCCACUUAAAGACUAAUUGAUUUCUUUGGUUUGAUCUUUCACAAAAGAACAUUGGAUGAACAGAUUGCUUUCUCUUAUCGAAUGAGUUGAUAUUACUUUCUCUGUUCUGAAGUUUGUGACAGAGAUUUAAUAUUUAAAUUUAUAAAAUUAAAUAUGCAACAUUUUGGCAAUAUGUGGCAAAGAAGUGCAGCCCUCUUCAACUUGUGGAUUGCGUGUACUAUCUUACACCCAAGGUGGUUACUUUUAGCAGAAAGCCAAAAUGUAGUAGUGUGUUACAGGUUGAUCUAUUGAACUCUAUAUCACAUGAAUCAGUCCUGAGAGAUUAACGCCACAGAUUUUCUACUGGAAUAAUUUAGAUGUCUGGCUAGCUCUAUCAAGAACCCUGGGGUGCCCUAUUUACUAGUAGUACAGGAAAAGCCUGGGAUUGCAUCAGGGCUGUCUGUCAAAUAGCACUAGGAAUUUAACUGAAAGUUUCUAUGUGGAAUUAAAAGGGAGUAAAUAAUAGCUUAAUACUAAUGAAAAAUAACAUCAGUCAUCUUGAAAUUACAAUUGUAAUGAGUUUGUCUGGAAUUCUUGCCUCUGUUAUCAUAAGACUUCUUUAAAACAAAAUUAUAUAGGCUAAUGCAACAGUUAAAAUUGUGGACUAAAAAUAUUGGUGCUCCAAACUGAUAUUGUAUUUCACAGCCAAUGUGUACAUCAUGAAAUAUAACUGUAGUAGCUAUUUUUCCAUAAGGUAUUUCUGUAGAAAGGUUUUUCGUUUCAGAAAGUGAAUGUAAUUAGGAACCACAACAGAAGCAAUCUCAUGGCAUUCUGAAGUUGUUGUGUGGUCUGAAGCAUGGUGACUGCAUUUCCUGACACCAGACCAAGUUGGUGAGAGACAAAUUGCAUUUGCUAGUAUUUUAAGUAUCAAUUUUCCAACUUUCUCCCAAACUGCUGUUUCUCCUAUUUGUAAAUGUCUUCUUCAUUAUCUAUUACCUAGUUUUCUACCUCUCUUACAAGCAGUUCAAAAACAGAUACUCGGUGUAUGGUUCUUUGAUGCCACACUGAAACCAUAACGUUGCUGUGUUUAUAAAUUAUAAUAAUUGCUUUGUACACUUUUUAAAAAUCAUGUUUUAUGAUUAAGUGCCAGAGUGGAGCUCGAUUUGCCCCAACAGGUAAAAUAAAAUAUUUCCACACCACUAAAAGAGCUAGCUAACAUUUAUCCUUUAACCCAACAUUCAGUACAAGCAGCUAAUUACAUUACUGUUUGUUUGUGGGUGUUUGCUGGGCACACUGCAGCAGUUGACUGGUUUCAGAGGUAAUUCAUUGGCUGUGAAAUGCUUUGUGGCAUCUUAAGGUUGUGGAAAGUGGAAAAGAAAUGCAAGUGCUUUAAUUAAGUCUGUUAUUUCUGCAAAUUUUGUACGUGUAGUUUGGAGGAGGACUCACCGCUGUACUGAAUGUAGUCUGGAGGUAACCUGCAGCAGCCUUUGUCACUAAGAAGGAAAGCAAGUGAUGGAAUGCCUCCUUGGGGGUACCAAUUUUCCUUCCACCUUUUUGUAGCAUCCUUGCAUUUCUAAUCCAUUUAACCACAAAACAAGAACAAGCCAAGGCCUAAUAGAUGCUGGUCCUGGACAGCAUGCCAGCAGAGAAGUACAAAAGUGCAGAUUAAUCCCUUGUACUGCCCUAGAAAAAGUUACAUUCUGGGUUUAAUUUAUGAAUAAAAAAAGCUUUUUGUCACCUUUGGGGAGAUGUUAAUGCUAUUUCAUGUUGUAACUGCUGCUGUACAUUUAACAUGUGAGCCUCAAAUCCCUUUCCGGUACACAUCUACCCCCCCCCCCCCCCCCCCCCCAAAACACUGCCAGAAAGUAAUGCAUUCCUCUUUUAGAUUUCAUGCUCAACUUCUGUAAAUACAAUGGACUCAUUUUACCUAAAAGAUGCAGUUUCAGUCAAUUUACAGUGUAUUAAAUUUUACACAAGCUUGUAAUAAAAAUACAAACUGUG